AUGCUGCCCAUGGACAGCGAGGCCAGGGAGGAGCUGCCCAAGUGGCUGACGCUGGCCGGCCUCGCCGCCAGCCAGCUGUCCAAGCAGUUCAACCUCACCAGAUUCCAGCUCACCACGUCGCACAUCUACGUUGCGCUGGCCGGGUACACAGUAGCGUGGGCGGCGCUGACGAUGCUGGACAGGGACAGCCGGGUGCAGUUUGAUGUGGUGGGCAGCGCAAUAGGCCCGAUGUUCGUUGCGGUGCAUGCGCUGGGCGGCUUUGGGGGCAGGGUGGCGCCCAUGGAUGUGGCUACCUUCCUGUUUGGAUGGUGGUGGAUCGGCAAGCUGCCCGCCUUCCCUUACUCGCACUGGGCCUGGCUGGCCACACUGGUGGCAGCCAUCUACAAGGGCUUGGGGGCGCAGUGGCUGGUGGGCGCACUGGGUGUGUCGGCUGUGUGGAGGCUGGUGAUGGACAGGGACCUCAAGCAGCUUGCUUUCGCUGGCGUGGCGGCCUAUGCAUUCGCCAAGGGGGCGGAGGUGCCCGUAGCCCUGAUAAUGAUGGCGGCGCAGAUGGUGGCGUCCAUCGUUUCUUGA